AUGAAGGUAAUCACGGACAUACUGGAUACCCUCAUUGGUAAGAUUGAAGUAAAGCCCUUGGUGAAGUUCACCAGUAGGGAGUUCAGCUUGAAGACGAUGCCGUCCCGAAAACAGACAGGGGUCUUCGGAGUCAAGAUUGCAGUGGUCACCAAGAGAGAGAGGUCCAAGGUGCCCUACAUCGUGUGCCAGUGUGUGGAGGAGAUCGAGCGCUGCGGCACGGAGGAGGUGGGCAUCUAUCGCGUGUCCAGAGUGGCCACGGACAUCCAGGCACUGAAGGCAGCUUUCGACGUCAAUAACAAGGAUGUGUCGGUGAUGACAAGCGAGAUGGACGUGAACGCCAUCACAGACACGCCGAAGCUGUACUUCCGUGAGCUGCUGGAGCCCCUCUUCACUGACGAGUUCUACCCCAACUUUGCGAAGGGCAUCGCUCUUUCAGACCCGGUUGCAAAGGAGAGCUGCAUACUCAACCUGCUGCUGUCGCUGCCGGAGGCCAACCUGCUCCCCUUCCUUUUCCUUCUGGACCACCUGAAAAGGGUGGCAGAGAAGGAGGCAGUCAAUAAGAUGUCCCUGUGCAACCUCGCCAUGAUCUUUGGCCCCACGCUGCUCCGGCCAUCAGAGAAGGAGAGCAAGCUCCCUGCCAACCCCAGCCAGCCCAUCACCAUGACUGACAGCUGGUCCUUGGAGGUCAUGUCCCAGGUCCAGGUGCUGCUGUACUUCCUGCAGCUGGAAUCCAUCCCUGCCCCAGACAGCAAGAGACAGAGUAUCCUGUUCUCCACCGAAGUCUAAAGGCCCCAGUCCAUCUCUAGGAGGUGAACAGACGGCCUGGAAACCUCUGGCUAAUCGGACCGUCCGUAGAGCGGGAACCUUCCUGAGGUGUCCUUGGGCCA